AUGCACGAGGCCGACGUCGCCGGCGCGGCGCGGGUCGCGCUGGGCGCGCCGUCCGCGGACGUCGACGACCUCGCGCGGCGGCGCGCGGCGGCGCCGCGCGCCGGCGGCGCGCGGCCGCUCGCGACGCGCGCCGUCGCCGCGCGGUACCGCGUCGAAGUCGUCGGCGCCUGGGGCGCGGCGCUGGCCGACGACCUGGCGGACACGCCCCUGGGCGCGCUCUGCGCCUCCCUCGACGCCGCCGUCGGCUGCGAUUUGCUGCGACGCGACGCGUUCCUCGACGCCGCGCCCCUCGACGCCGCGGGUCUCGGCCGGCUCCUCGAAGAGGCGCGCGGCGACGAGCCGGCGCCGCGGGGCGCGCGCCUCGUGCGCUUCCUCGUCCUCGCCGCGCCGGCCAACGCCACGGUCGGCGGCCGCCGCGCGCUCGCGGCGGACCCGCGCGGCGCGGGCGCGGACGCGGGCGGCGUCGUGCUGUCGAGCGGCGGCGGGGACGACGCGCUGCGCACCUGCGCGGCCAUGCUCCGCGCGCUCCUCGGCCUCGCGCCGGGCGGCGCGCUCUCGGACCUCGAGGCCGCCGCGCUCGCCGCCGCGAACGCCGAGGCCGGCCUGUCGGCCGCGCGCAGGGCAGGACAAGAGAGCGACAUUCCCAACUUCAAAGGCUCCGAUCUCGGCCGUUUUCCACUCGCCGCGCGCGACGCGUUCGCCGCGCUCGCGCGCGUCGGUGCGCUCGCGCGGCCCACGGACGCGGCCGCCGGCGCCCUCGCGGACGUCGAGCGCGCCGCGAACGCGACGGACGUCGCCGGCGUCGCGGCCCUCGCCCGGGCCGCGGAGCGGCGCCUCGAGGACGCGCUCGCCGACCCGGCGCUCGCGCUGCCCCAGCACAUGCCCUGGGAGCACCUCGCCGCGGUCUACGCGCCCAUCGUCGCGCCCCUCCGCCACGCGAUCCGGAACUGGGACCCGAACGGCGCCGACGCCCAGUUCCUGAGCAACUUCCUGGACCGCUGGGACAAGAUCGCGCGCCAGCGCGAGCUCAUGGCGGGCUGGUCGACGUGGCUCGAACUGCUGCGGACCUACCGGAAGCUCAAGGAGCGGCGGGAGCGCAUGCAGAUGCACGCGUCCUUCUUCGGCCUGCUCCGGGAGCACGCGCCCGGGGGCCGCGUCGCGAGCGUCGUCGAGUCGAUGGUCACGUGGGUCAACUACACGGGCGUCUUCGGCGACAUCGGCCGCGAGGCGAAGAAGCUCUUGUGCCAGAACAUGCGCCUGCGCACGUACCGCACGGGGGACCUGCUCUGGCUCCAGGGCGACCGCGCGCACCACUACUUCCUCCUCCACGCGGGCCUCGUGCGGCUCUACCGCCACAGCACGCCGUCCAUGCUCCAGGACGCGCGGCUGCUCCUGGGCAAGAGCCGCAAGGUGCCCCUGCGCCGCGCCGUCUACGGCGCCGAGGAGGUCCGCGCGCCCGCGCCCGCGCCGGCCGCCGCCGUCGAGGAGGCCGCGGCGCCGCCGCCGCCGGGCCGCGACGCGGAGGCCGCGCUGCGCGCGCGCCUCGCCGGGGUCGAGGGCGCCGUCGCCGUGCUCGACGACGCGGACGUCGGCGGCGCCGACGUCGGCGUCGACGACGCCAUGCUCGCGCUCCGCCGCGGCGGGCCGCUCGAGGCCGCGGCGCCGUCGCGGCUCGAGAGCGCCGCGGCCGGCGCGCCCGCGCCCGCCGGCGCCCCGGCGCCGGCGCCCGCCCGCGCGUCACCAAAAAAAGCGAAGAAGAAGGCGCGGGCGGUCCACGAGGCGCUGCCGCCCCCGCGCGACGACGAGUCGAGCUUGGCGUCCUACGCGACGCCGGUCGACGGCGACGAGCUCGAGCACCUCGCCCUCGACUGGGACGUGCUGGGCCAGCCCAUGAAGGACGUGCACCCGGGCACGGGCCUCGGCGAGGCGGCGCUCCUGCGGAACGUCGACGCCGCGGAUUCGACGGGCGAGCGGUGCGCGAACUACGGCAACUCGGCCGCGUGCGCGGCGCCCUGCGUCGUCGUGUCCGUGCCGGCGGAGGUCUACGCGGCGGCCCUGCGGCCGCGGCACCUCGAGCUCGUGGAACACCUCGCCAAGGUCGAGUUCCUGCGGAGCAUCCCCGUCUUCGGGCGGUGGCCGCCGGAGCGCGUCGGCCAGCUCGCGGCCGCGUGCGCCGUCGUCGAGCUCGCGACGGGCGAGGUCGCCUGCCGGCGCGGCGACAAGGUCGGCCGCCUCUGCUUCGUGCGGCGCGGCGAGCUCGGGCUGUCCGCGCGCCUCGACGGCGCGCUGCCCGGCGCGACGAAGACGGCCCCGUCGAAGACCGCGGAGCUCAGCCGCUGCGGGCCGGGCUGCUGCCUCGGCGAUCUCGAGGUGCUCGAGGGCCUGCCGACCUACCUCUGCACGGCGCGGGCGGCGAUGACGACGGUCGUCUACGCCGUCGCCCGCCGCGACUUCGAGCGGUGCGUGCUCCACAACCCGCACAGCCAGGGCACGAAGCAGACCGUCGCGGCGCUGCGGCGCGCCGUCGAGGCGCGCAAGGACUUCCACGCCUACCGGGCCCUGGUGGAGCUCCAGCGGCUGACGGGCCAGAAGGGCCUCGGGGCUUUGGACGCGCCCGCGGAGCACCCGUACGUGUGCUCCGAGUUCGAGGCCGCGCUGGCCUCGAAGAUCGAGGCGACCUUCGAGCGCGUCUGGGACCGGUCGCCGGCGGAGGCGCUCUCGAAGGCGCGCACGGCGCUGGCGCUGCGGCCGGCGGCGCUGCCCGGCGGCGCGUCGCGGACGGGCGUGCUCCGGGUCUUGGAGGCCGCCGUGCCGGCCGCGGCCGACGACCCCUUCGGCGCGGACGCGGCCGCGUCGCCGGCGAAGCCCGCGCCCGUGUCGCCCUACGCCCAGCGCGUCCUGUCGCCGUCCAAGGGCGGGCGGCGGCGCCGCGUCCUCGACGACGACGACGACGACGACGCGACGGACGGCGCGCCGCCGCCGCCGACCGCGGCGCAGUCGGCGCUCGCGCUGGCGAUGACGUCGCCCUUCGACCCGAACGCGCCGCCCCGGCCCCGGGCCGAGGUGAUCUCCCUGGCGACGAAGAACCUGCCGACGCCCGCGGCGCAGCGCGCGACGUACCGCCACAGCGUCACGGAGAUGCGCUUCCACCUCCAGCACGACUCCGUCCGCGACCUCAAGGGCCACCUCGCCCGCGCGCCCAAGGCCAAGGGCCAGCCCCGGUCCCUGGCGAAGCUCAUCGGCAAGCCCUCGCUCACGGACGAGCCCGAGACGCGCCUCGCGCACUCGACGCUCUCCCGCCUCUCGGCGAUCCCGGCGAAGCAGCGCGCGGUCAUGCACACGGACGAGCUCCUGCGCAUCGCCACGGAGAUCCUGACGCCCCUGGUCAAGGAGAAGCAGAGCCGCGACGACGCGCGGCGCGGGCUCGUGCGGCGCUAGUAAGCGCCAAAAA